CAACAAGGUUCUCUUUAGAGUAAUUUAGGAAAAAAUGGGUCCAUUUCAUCAACAGAGCAGAGAGAGGCUUCUCUCGCAGAAUGGAUACUCAGAUUCGUGUUUCCGCAAGAUCACAAAACUGUGCGAGUUGGGACAUUCAGAUCGUAGAAGGAUCCUCUUCGCGGUCAAGAUGGGAAUGGCUCUUGCCUUCUGCUCCGUUGUUAUCUUCCUCAAAGAGCCGUUGCAUGAUGCUAGUAAAUACUCUGUAUGGGGCAUCCUCACUGUGGUCGUGGUUUUCGAGUAUUCCGUAGGAGCAACUUUGGUCAAAGGAUUCAACAGAGCGAUAGGCACGGUAUCUGCUGGAGGACUCGCUCUUGGCAUCGCGAGGCUCUCUGUUUUAUCAGGAGAUUUCGAGCAAGCCAUCAUCAUAAUCUGCAUUUUCCUUGCAGGUUUCAUUGCUAGUUAUUCGAAACUUCACCCGGCCAUGAAGCCAUAUGAAUAUGCAUUCAGGGUCUUCUUGUUGACAUUCUGUAUUGUUCUUGUUUCGGGGAACAAUACCGGAGAUUUCUUCAGCACGGCGUAUUACAGGUUUUUGUUUAUUGUUGUUGGUGCAACCACAUGUUUGGUUGUGAAUAUAUUCAUAUUUCCGAUAUGGGCCGGGGAAGAUCUCCAUAAACUGGUGGCCAAUAAUUUCAAGAGUGUGGCAAAUUCCCUAGAAGGAUGUGUUAAUGGCUACUUGCAAUGUGUGGAAUACGAGAGAGUACCCUCGAAGAUUCUCACGUACCAAACAUCUGAUGAUCCAUUAUAUAGUGGGUACAGGUCCGCUAUUCAAUCAACAAAUCAAGAAGAAUCUCUGCUCGAGUUUGCCAUAUGGGAGCCUCCACAUGGACCUUACAGAACGUUUAACCAUCCCUGGAAAAAUUAUGUCAAACUUAGUGGUGCAUUAAGGCAUUGUGCUUUCACCGUCAUGGCAAUACAUGGUUGCAUUCUUUCAGAGAUACAGGCAGCUCCAGAGAAACGACAGGUUUUCCGCCAUGAACUUCAAAGAGUUGGAAAUGAAGGCGCAAAAGUUCUGCGUUUGAUUGGAGACAAAGUGGAGAAAAUGGAGAAGCUAAGCCCCAGGGAGAUUCUAAAUGACGUUCAACUUGCAGCAGAGGAGCUACAGAUGAAAAUAGACAGUAAAUCCUACCUUCUUGUGAACUCAGAAAGCUGGGCAGCUACUAAAGAGCAAGCUGAAGCUGAAGUAGAUGAAGAAGAAGCUCACGAGACCAAAGUGAUCAAAUCCUUAAGUCAGAUUUGGGAUACCAACAGUAGCAGCAACAACCAGAAUCCAACUAGUGGUAAUGAUGAAUCUCAGAUAUGGGAAUCAACAGAGAGUAUGAUGUUAAGAAACCGCGAGACAUGGCCAAGUGUGUCCUUCAUUGGUGGUUCUGUGGUGAAUGAGACAGUAUAUAAAGUAUACGAAAGCGCGAGUUCUUUGUCUUUAGCCACGUUUGCUUCCCUUCUCAUCGAGUUUGUUGCAAGGCUGGAGAACCUUGUAAACGCCUUUGAGGAGCUAAGCACAAACGCAGAUUUCAAAGACCCGGUUCUUGUUAACGUAGUGGAUCAAGAAGGAUUAUGGACAAGACUCAUGAGACUUAGGAGACUUAGGAGAUACUUUAGCAGAAGUUAAAACUGAAUCCUAGCUAAGAGGAUUAAUAUGUAGUAAAUGUUGUUUAAUUUU